AUGGAAUUUUCAUUUUUAAACAAAACGAGCUAUGAUAAAGAUUGUCUAUACAAUUCCAAUUCCCAACUACAUAAUACGAAUGCCAACUCCGGAUUCUCAGUGGCCAACCACAUGAGCCAUUAUAACUUGAUUAUCGACUCCGGAUAUAAACUACGUGCCAAUGAAACCGUAAUCCGAAAUUCUUUUACCCAAGAAUCCAAUAUAUUGUUUUCAAAAAUUACAAAUGUCGCUGACUUUUAUCCUGGGGCACAUAAUAUAACACCCUAUAAUACUGAUUUUCAACUAAAGUCGUAUACUGAUGAGGCUUCGAGCUUGACUGAUAAAUCGAAACAGAGACGAAUAAGAACAACGUUUACUUCGAAUCAAUUGAAUGAACUUGAAAAGAUAUUUUUGGAAACUCACUAUCCAGAUAUAUAUACAAGAGAAGAAAUUGCGUCAAAAUUACAUUUAACAGAGGCAAGAGUGCAGGUUUGGUUCCAGAACCGAAGAGCAAAGUUUCGAAAGCAGGAAAGACAUGCUAUUUAUAUUAUGAAAGAUAAAUGUGCUAAAAUGGAUAAUCGGCAAAAUACGCAAUCUGGAAGCCAAUGUUAUGAUGUAGCACUAAACGGAUCUCAAAGUUCAUGCCAAAUAAAAUGUUUUUAUGAUAAAAUAUAAGAAUCCCCAACAAAUUUGUGUAUGUUGAAAUUCAUUUGUAUGUAUGUACACUAAAUAUUGGAUAUACAAGAGCUUUUAAAAUAAUUUUCUUGAAAAAAUCGUACUCUUUCAUUCUUGUUUUUUAUACAUCCA